UGGAUUUCCGAGGGGAAGCACAUGUUCCCAAUUUGCUGUGUGCUGUUUAAGUUAUCUCCCCCGCAGUACCCGGAUCUAUGGUUCUGACGUUCUUUCCACGUGGGAUGAUGAAUGUCAUGUAAUGGCCUUCUGUUUCACCGUAUCUCAUCAUAACAUUUGGGCCAUAUCAUCUCCAUUUCUUCACCAGGUAUCUGUACAAAAAAGCACCAUCGGAUCGGCAUUUUCCUCGACACAUCAGUAACACGAGAUAAUGAGAUGGCUAUCCAUACAGGCCACAGUGCCAAUCCGCUAUCCAACACUAAGCCCUGAAAGGGGAAUCUCUUUUGGGCUGGUCUUUUCGCUUCCGCGACCCCCAUGGCUCGGCGAGAGGGGAGCCUUGCCCAAAUUAUACUGGCACAGCUGGGAAAAGAAAGUUUAUUAUCAACCAAGGCCCGGGGAUUGGAUCCCGCCGUCGGUCGGCUUGUGGGGCCGUUGGUUAGCAGCCGCUGACAGCUUAAAUCAACAACUAACCGGGGCAGGGUUGCACAACGCCACACAGUGCGUCCAACUGCAGAUGAUAUCCAUCCAUCCACCUUGGCCACACUUCCCGACGAUGAUCAAUGAUUCCAGCAGGUCGACCUUUCCAAACUGGAGCCGGGCUGCAUUGCAACACCAUCCAUCCAUCCACCCAUCCAAUACUUUAAUACACUAGAGCACAAAUUGGGGGGAGGCCAAGAAAGAUGGCCAGUUCCUGUGGGAACCCCGCAUCCGAAUGCUGUCUCCCUGAUGAACCUUCAUAACAUCCCCGAGCCCACGGCUGCCCGGUCACAAAACUCGCUACCGGCCUCCCCGUCUCUCCCUCACCCUCUUCUCUCGAGACAUUUUCGAACAGGGAGGAACCAUGGCUUCAGCUUCGUCAUCAGCCAGCGGCCCAGUGCCAACCGGCGCAACGCUGGACUGGGAUUGGAACACUGUCCUCACCGCUGCUCAAAGCAGCAAGCUGACCCUUCUAGUGGUUGCCCCUUCCAUCGCUUGCUUUUUGUGGUUUUUUGUCGCCUACCAGACCUCACCGCUGAAGAAGUAUCCCGGGCCAUUUUUAGCAGGAUGGACAAAUCUGUGGCGGUUAUCCAAGGUCUACGGGGCCGAGUAUGCCCAGACAAUGAAGAAGUUACAUGAGAAGUACGGCCCCAUUGUCAGGAUAGGACCAAAUCUCCUGGACCUUGACUUCCCUGAGCUUUCUCGCACCAUCUACAACACCGAUGGCAAAUGGGUCAAGUCAGACUUCUACAAAAACAGCAGCUCCAUCAUCGAUGGCAAGAUCACCUACCACAUGUUUAGCGAGACCAACAAUGUCGAGCAUGCCAGACUGAAGAGACCUGUUGUGCGCCACUACUCGGUCCCGGCCGUGCUGGCUAUGGAGGCACACAUGGACAAGGUGGUGGCCGACCUGCUCCAACACCUCAAGAAACGUUUUGUUGAGCCCAGGAAGGUCUGCAACUUUGGCGACUGGCUAGGAUACUGUGAGUCUGGACCCCGCCAUCGCCUUCCUGGCUAUGAACAUACUCUAACACGCUCAGAUGCCUGGGAUUUCCUCGGUAUCGUCACCUUCAGCACCAAGUUCGGCUACAUGGAAAAGGGCUACGACUUUGAUGGCACCCUCGCUGUUGCCGACCAGUCCAUCGACUAUCUGGCUCUCUGCGGCCAAAUGCCCUGGACUGACUACAUCCUCGACAAGAACCCCAUCUACCCUCUCGGCCCACCCAACAUCUCCAACGUGACCAACAUUGCCAUCCAGAAGAUGACGGCCCGUCUCAAGGGCGAGGAUAAGGUGUUCAACCCCGAGAAGCCCGAUUUCCUGCAGUACUUUAUCGAGUCCAAGUCGACCCACCCAGAGAUCGUUGACGAGGGCAAGAUUAUUGGUUAUCUUCUUUUGAACUUGAUCGCCGGUGCCGACACCACAGCCAUCACCCUGCGCGCCCUCUUCUACUACACCCUCAAGGACCAGCGUGUGUGGAAAAAGCUCGAAUCCGAAGUCCGCUCUGUCUUCAAGGCCUUCGAACCCGCGGCCCACAGCAAAGCCCGUGCCCUCCCCUACUUGGAUGCCGUUGUCAACGAAACACUCCGUUACCACCCUGCUGUUUCCAUGAUCAUGGAGCGCAUCGUCCCCGAAGGUGGCCUCGUCCUCCCUGAUGGCUCUGUCGUCCCAGGUGGCCAAAUGGUCGGUAUGAACCCUUACAUUGUCGGUCGUAACAAGAAGGUCUUUGGUGAGAACGCCGAUGACUUUUACCCUGACCGGUGGCUGCAGCGGGAUGGGGAGAAUGACGAGCAGUACAAGGAAAGGAUGCAGCUGUGGAAUCAAGCCAUGCUUCAAUUUGGUGGUGGGUCUAGGAUCUGCCUUGGGAGGAACUUGAGUAUGAUGGAGGUGUACAAGCUUGUGCCUACGUUGCUGUCGACGUUUGACAUUGAGCUGGAGGACCCUAAUGAGGUUUGGUGGUAUAGCAGUCGGUGGUUUUACAGGACGAAGGGGGUUAAUUGUAGGUUGAGGCCUAGGAGUGAUUAAGGGGGAGGGGAUUGGCACGAGCAAUACAUAUACGAAUGGUAAAUAGUUGGGUAUUUGAGUUUGAUAUGAACGUUCCA